CUGGCGGUGGCUGCGGCAGCGGCGGCAUUUUAGUCGACAGCGGCGGCGGCAGCGGGGCUGCUGCUCCUCCCAGCAUCCCUGGCGCGGCCAUUUCAGCCCCAUCUUGGCCGAGGGGUGGGAGCUGCAGCCGCCGCUUCAGCAGUUUGAAUUUCAGUUUCUCCAGGCUCUUCGAACCGGGCGCACCGAGGAGCAGCCGAAGAAGCUACCGCCGCUACCUCACACAACCGGAGCGCCUCCGCUCAUCGGCCAGCCGGCCGCCGCCCCUCACUCUGAAGAGCUGUGAGGGGAGGCCGGGACUGCCGCCGCCGCCGCCACCGCCGCCCGCGGGGGUGGCUCCCCUGUUAGGGGAGGACCGAGCCGGCGUUCCCCUCCCUCCCCUGGAGAGGGUUUCCGCCUGAGACGCUCGACAUGUCCCUGGGGCUGAGCUCCGGCUAGUGCCGGGGAGGGAGGGCCGCCCGCCCGCGCCGAAGCUCUGCUGCCCGCCCGCCCGCGGACCUUCAGCCAGCCCCAGCCCGCGGCUCCUGGCUGAACCAGAAACCCCGGCUCCGGACCCGCCGCUCCUCGCCCGCUCUCAGCGCCCGAGUCCGGAGCGGACGCCGGCACCAGCCUGAGGAGCCCGAGCGGGGCAGCACCGCCCCUCACGCCGCCGCCUCCGCCGCCUCCUCCCCUUCGCCCUCCCACUCCCACCCCCAGCCAAGGCCUGCGGACCGCGCGGCGCUGGACUGACCACGGCGGCCCGGAGACGGGAGGAGGAAGCCGCCGGCCCGCCCCUGGGAUCGCGCUCUCGCCACCACUGAGGGGAUUGAAUUGAGGCGCCUCGGCUGCGGGAGGCGAAAAAGGAGGAGGAGCAGCUGCCGCGCAAGUGAGACGGGGCAGAGCAGGAGACCGACACAGAGAAGGAAAGGGAGAGGAGGAUGUCUCACAGAACGAGCGCCCGGAUCAGCCCGUGACUCGGCGGCGGGCCUCAGACCCCAGCGCGGACUCGGACUUUGUCUUUGGGGGCCCGUGCUCUGCCCUUCCUGGUUUCCAGCAAGUUCGCAGAGGAGCCGCAGUGCCUCUGCCCCCCAGCCUUCCUCACCAUGUCCAAGAUGCCGGCCAAGAAGAAGAGCUGCUUCCAGAUCACCAGUGUCACCACGGCCCAGGUGGCCACUAGCAUCACCGAGGACACCGAGAGCCUGGACGACCCGGACGAGUCACGCACCGAGGACGUCUCCUCUGAGAUAUUUGACGUGUCUCGGGCCACGGAUUAUGGCCCUGAGGAGGUCUGCGAGCGUAGCUCCUCCGAAGAGACUCUCAACAAUGUUGGGGAUGCGGAGACUCCCGGGACGGUCUCCCCAAACCUCCUUCUGGACGGGCAGCUAGCGGCCGCGGCUACUGCUCCCGCCAACGGAGGAGGAGCCGUUUCGGCCCGGAGCGUGAUUGGGGCGCUGGCCAAUACUCUGGCGACAGCUGCCACCCCAGCCCCCUCCUCGGGGGCACCCGGCGCCCCCCCGGCCGCGGGCUCAUCUGCGGGGCCAGCUCCAUCGCAGCCCCCCACCACUUGUAGUUCCCGUUUUCGCGUGAUCAAGCUGGACCACGGGAGCGGGGAGCCCUAUAGACGCGGUCGAUGGACGUGUAUGGAAUACUAUGAGCGGGAUUCGGACAGCAGCGUCCUGACCAGGUCCGGGGAUUGCAUUAGGCACAGCAAUACUUUUGACCAGACUGCGGAACGAGACAGCGGCCUGGGCGCCACCGGAGGGUCGGUGGUGGUGGUGGUGGCCUCCAUGCAGGGGGCACACGGGCCCGACUCGGGAACUGACAGCUCCCUGACUGCUGUGUCACAGCUACCCCCGUCGGAGAAAAUGAGCCUGCCCGCUCCGGCCCCGCCACUGAGUUUUGGCGUUGGGCAGCUCCAGCCGCCGCCGCCGCCCGUAGGUGGGGCUGUGGCUCCAAGCUUGGCUCCGAGGCCGUCGUUCCCGGGAGCCGCAGCCGGGCCGCAGCAAGUGACGGCGGUUCCGCAGCCCAUCCAGCCCCAGGGAACCGGGCCAGGCGUCGUCCCUCCGGGGCCCAAUGGACAGGGUCUUCCGCUAACGAAUGUAACCCUGGCACAGCCCGGCAUGUCUCUGCCUCAGCAGCCUGGCCCGGCCGCCGGCGCUUCUGCGACGCAGCAGCCCCAGCAGUUCGCAUAUCCCCAGCCUCAGAUUCCGCCGGGGCAUUUGCUGCCCGUCCAGCCCUCCGGCCCGAGUGAGUAUCUGCACCAGCACGUGGCCGGCCUGCAGCCGCCGUGCCCCGCGCAGCCCUCGGCCACCGGCGCAGCGGCCAGCCUUCCGGUGGGCACCGGCCAGAAUGCCCCCUCGGGGACCGCGCAGAUCAUGGGCCCCUCUUCUCUGCCCAACGAAGCCGUGGCUCCGGGGCCGGGACCCGCGCCAGGCGGACAGGCCGCGCCUAGUCAGCCGGCUGGAGUUCCCCCAGCUCCUGUGGGAGGCACGGUGCAACCGGGCCUGGUUCCUACCGGGGCCGGGCAGCCCCAGUCCGCGCCUCCACCGCAGGUGGGAGGCAGCGGUGCGCCGUCAGCCGCGUCUGGUGGCCCUCACACCAUGGUGCCCGGAGUUCCAAACGUGCCUGCCGCCGUGCCCGCUCCAAGCGUGUCCAGUGUGUCUACCACAUCUGUUACUAUGCCACAUGUACCCACGGCCCUGGUCCAGUCGCAGCAGCUGAGCAGCCAUGCGCCAGUCAGCAGGAGCGGUAGCAUAAUCCAGCAAGUCGGGCUGCCUUUAGCGCAAGGCACACCCAGUGCACCAACAAGUCUACCACAGUCUGACCUAAGCCAGUUUCAGACUCAGACCCAGCCUUCAGUCGGACAAGCUGACGAUACUAGAAGAAAAUCAGAACCCCUACCUCAACCACCACUUUCUCUCAUUGCUGAAAAUAAGCCUGUUGUGAAGCCUCCUGUUGCCGAUGCCCUGGCAAACCCCCUUCAGUUAACACCUAUGAACAGUCUGGCCACCUCUGUAUUCAGCAUAGCUAUUCCUGUUGAUGGUGAUGAAGACAGAUCAGUUGUUCCUGUCAUUUCACAAGCAUGUGACACAUCUAUCGAUAAAUUGUACCUGAGAAGUUCACGGACAGCAAAGGGACAUUUCCCCACAUUUGGCCAUGAAAUAUCAGGUCAGUGUAUAAUUCUAGUGUUCCUACUAAAAAAAAAAAAUGCAGGGUUUGUUUUUUAGAAAUUUGGGGUUUAUAUUUUACUUUGUAGAAACACUGUUGAAAUGCAAUGGAAUCCUAUUUCUGUUCAUAUUUGGGGACAGAAAGAUGAAUGGGACAUGAUUUGUCACUUCAGGAGCUUGCAGUCCAAUAUGAAAGUAAAAGUUAAAGUGCCAUAUUGUUUAUUCAAAGUCUAAGUCAUAGUUCAUGAACUUCAUAUCAUUCAUUGAAUGGAAGGUUCAACAUGCCACGAGAAACUCUGACAUUGUGAGGAAGUAACUUUAACUCACCAAAAAGCUUUAAUAUCAAAAGAUGCUUUUGCCCUAACCGGUUUGGCUCAGUGGGUAGAGCAUCGGCCUGCGGACUCAAGGGUCCCAGGUUCGAUUCCGGUCAAGGGCAUGUACCAUGGUUGCGGGCACAUCCCCAGUGGGGAGUGUGCAGGAGGCAGCUGAUCGAUGUUUCUCUCUCAUCGAUGUUUCUAACUCUCUAUCCCUCUCCCUUCCUCUCUGUAAAAAAUCAAUAAAAUAUAUAUAUUUUUUAAAAGAUGCUUUUAAAAGAGGGGACCUGGUGAAAAGCCUCCCCCAUCUCUGCUUUGAGCCUAUGAGUGUCCUCUAAAAAAAAAAAAAGGAACCAAUCAGAGAGAAGUUUAUACAUUUUUUUAAUACUCCAAGUUUGUAGAGAAUGGAACUGAUUUAAAUCAAACUUAACUAGAAUAGAAUUUGUGUCAUGAAUUAUAUCAUCUAUUGUCUCAUAAGCAACACAUUUUCUUGGCUGACAAAAUCAGUUACCAUUCAAUGAACCAAGUUAAGAAAAACUCGGGUGCCUGAUGCCAAAAAUAAAUCUAAUAGAGCUAGAAAUCUGGAAAUAAUAACAAAUAUACAUUGAAUAAAUGAUAAAAGUGACAUGUCAAAGCAAUGGCAGAAGAAUAAUAUAUUUGACAAAUAGUAUUGAAACAACCACUUGGGAGGAAAAUGAAUUUAGUUCUCUAACUCAUAAAAAUUAAUUCCAGCUAGAUUAGCAGUGUGUCUUAUGCUUUUCAGUCACAUAUCCCUUUUAGAAAUCUCCCUGUGAAAUGCACAUAAAAAGUUUGUGGGGCUUUUUUAAGAAGCUCAUUCAUUUUUCUUUUCUUUCAAUUAAUUUCAGAGAGGAAGAGAGAAGGAGAGAGAGAUAGAAACAUCAAUGAUGAGAGAGAGUCAUUGAUUGGCUACCUCCAUGCCCCCCACUGGGAAUCGAGCCUGAAACCUAGGCAAGUACCCUGACCGGAAUCGAACCGUGACCUCCCAGUUCAAGGUCACUCAAUCACUGAGCCAUGCCCGUCGGGCAAAAAUGUUUUACAAAGAAGUUAUGAAGAGAUGUCCAAUCUCAGCAAAAUAAAGGAAGUGCACAUUAAAACGCAAUAAAAAAAAAAAACUAUCUCAAACCCCAAUUAGAAAAUAUUUCAAAUAUGUAUAAAUCAAGAGCUGGUCAGGUUGUGGAAACAUAGGGUCUGACAUUGCUGGUGAGUGUAUAAAUUGGCACAACCACUUUUAAAUGCAAUUAAGUGGUAUCCAUUAAAAUAUUAAAUUCACAUGCCCUUUGACUCAACAAUUCCAAUUUUUAAUGAAACAUACUUUACUCACUUGUGUUCACAAGGUAGCUUGUACAAUGAUGUCAAUUACAUCUUUGUAAUAGUAUAAAAUUGGAAAAACCAAAAUACCCAUCAAGAAGAGGGAGCAUGGUAUACAUUAUAAAAUACUAGGCAUCAAUAAAAAAGAAUGAGAUCCUACUUGUACUAACAUGGAAAGAUUUCUAAGAUACAAUGUUAAUUUUUUUUUAAGUUUGGGGGGAAAAUUGAAGGGCAAUACAUGUACUAUUUAUCACACCGUUGAUGUUAAAACACAUACUGCACAUAUUCACACACACAGAUACUGUAGAGUGUACUUCUUCAGUACCUACUUGUGUAUUAUCAAAAUGUAUAGAGAAGGUCUGAAAGGAUAAACCCAAACAGCUAACAGUAGUUUGAUGGAGUGCAUUAGCUUUAACUGUAACAUUGAUGUGUUUGAAUAUGCAUUCAUGUAUUGUUUCAUGUGUAAUGACAAAAUUAAUAAAUUAGAAAUAAAAUAAAAUAGAAGAUGUUUUCUUCUUA